GCAUUUUUUUACCUUCAAUAAAAUUACAUAAUAUUGCUGCUGACAGCUUUACUUAAAGGUCGCACAGAAAAUUGUAAGGUUCCUUGACUUGCGAUUGGAACCAACCGCAAAUUGCUGUUAAUAGGUAUAAUCACUAUACGAAUAUUUAUUGAAAGCACGUAAAGUUGUUCACGUUAAGCGGGUAGGGCAACCUUGGAUGCUGCUUGGAGCGCGGCAAGGAGGAUGGGGUGAUAAGCAUUCUUGAUGGCGACGAUGUCAGCCUCUCCAGGCCUUCCUCCAGCAAUGGAGGGCCUGGUGGAGGAUGUUCCGCUUCGGAAUCCAAACCUCCUCACAUCCAACCAGGUGUACAGCAAGGUUGGCAGCACGCGCAUCCUCCAGGCUGAGCCCGCUGUGGUCCAUUUUGGGGGCUACACAAUCGGCCAGGUCUACAGCCAGACCCUGCGCAUACGCAAUGUCCGCGCCCGGGGCACCCGCUUCCACAUCAUCGGGCCCAGCACGCCCUUCUUCAAGUCCUCCUGCGGCUCCAAGAAGGGCCUGCUGGCCCCCGGCAUGAGCGAGGAGGUGGUGGUGGAGUUCUGCCCUACGCAGUACCGCUACUACUACGACUGCGUGAGGGUGCACUCGGAGGAUGAGAACCUGCUCAUCCCGCUGCACGCCUACCCGGUGGCCAACGAGGCGCUCUUCCCCUCGCGAGUGGACUUUGGGCGGGUGCCGGUGGGGCGGGAGGUGGUGCGGAGACACAUGCUGGAGUGCAAGGUUCCGGUAGACUUUGAGUUCGAGGUGGUGGAGGUGCGGCCGCACCCCUCCUUCAAGGUGGAGCCGCAGCGGGGGGUGAUACCGGGGCGGGGCGCGGUGGCGCUGCAGCUGGCCUUCUGCCCGCUCAGCCUCACCACGGAGGAGGCGGUGGUGGAGAUCCGUAUCGCGGAGUUCAACUCCCGCCCCCUGCGCGUCACCCUCACCGGCUCCGGCUGGCCGGGCGCCGCACGCGACCGCGCGCUGCUCAACGCCCUCAACUACAAUAACAACUCAUACGGCAACGGUAACGUUCGUACGAACGGCGACAACAACGAACUGAUGUACGGCAGUGCUGCUGCCAGCGUUGCAGCUGCGCGGCAGUACCUGGACUCUGCGGGCUCGCUGGCUGCUAAAUCGGACCAGGAGGGGGGCCUGCAGGAGGAGGAGGGGGGCAGCAGCAGCAGCAGGCGGAGGGGAUUCAUCCGCUGGAGCGGCCGGACAUUCCCGCGGAUGUGAAGGGUGCGCUGUUCCGCAUGCAGCUGGCCGCCGCCGAGGAGGCCUCCCGCAAGGUGUCUCUGGGCACCUCCCCCGCGGUGGGGCAGCAGCUGCUGAGCGCGGCGGAGGUGGCGCGCAUGCAGCGGCUGCGCGCGGAGCAGCACCGGCGGCACCAGCUGAGCGAGGAGAUGCGGGCCACCAAGAGGCUGCAGGCUGAGAUGGAGGCAGCCGGCGCCGUACACCACCCCUCCAAGAAGCCCCCUCUGCAGCCCCCUCCCUCCUCCACCUCCUCCUCCACCUCCCUCCUACAACCCCAGCAGCAACAGCCGCCCCCGCACACCCCAGACCAGCAGCCCACCACCCUACCCCCCUCCUCCGCCCCGCCUACUCCCGGCGACCCUACCGCCCACCCUGCCACCCCUCCAACCCCCACCACCGCCGCUGCUGCUGCUGCUGCUACCGCCGCUGCUGCCGCUGCCUCCUCAGCCGCCGCCUCCUCCUCCUUCCAGCCCGAGUGGCGGCUGAUCGAGGGCAGCGACUGGCUGAAGCGCACCCGCGCUCGCGACAUGUUCAUGCGCGCGGUGUGGCGGGUGGUGGUGAGCCUGCGCAUGCAGCGGAGACUGGAGAGGAUCAAGGAGGUGCUGGCCCACCUGGGUUACGACAAGCAGCGGCUGGCGGAGGAGGCCGCCAACCCCGUGCUGCUGGUCAGCGAGAGCGACAGGCCCGGCACCGCCCCCACCAAGUACCUGCGGCCGGAGAUGGUGCGGGUGCGGCCGCUGCCGCUGUACCGAGAUGUGGUGUUCCAGGUGCAUGUGCAGCUGGAUGUGACCCACUACACCGACUUUGACGAACUGGCGCCAUUCCAACUCAAGACCCCGCUGGAGUACCGCAUCUUGGGUUACGCCCCCGAGGACUUCCCCGGCCUCACCCCCUACCUGCCGCCCCUGCUCGACCAGCCCCUGCUAGCGGGCGCGAUAGAGGAGGUGGCGGCAGCGGGGGAGGCUCUCGUGCCCGCCGGCCUGGUCCCCUCCCUGUCAGAAUACCCGCCCCUGCCCGACGCAUGCAAAAACAUGCCGUACAUUACCCUGGAGGUUGGAAACCGUUACAGCGAGGACCGGGUUUUCGCAACUCCCGAACCGUCGUAUGCCAUGGGGUACGACAAGGAUUACGUCAUGCAGCCCCGGUUGUACGACAUGUACGACAGUGCGAGGCACGAGGCGGUGGCUUCGGGUAGUGUACGGGCGUUGCGCGGUGGGCCUGCGUUGUCGGACACGUGGCUUGUACGGCAGGACACGUGGGCCGUACAGUUGGGCGAGGAGGUGAUUCCCCGCCUCAUGUCUGGGCCUGAGCCUGAGGAGCUGCCGGAGGAUAGGCCGGAGGAUGAGGACAAGCCCAAGAUCUGCCCCCACGUGCCCACUGACGAGGAGCUGGCUCGCUACCUGCCCCUCACCAGCCGCACGGAGGUGGCGGCGGAGGCGCAGCAGCCGCCUGCCCCCGACGCGCCGCUGCGCUACCGGCUGGUCCGCGACCGGCACGCUGCCCAGCUGGAGGGCGACAAGGCGGCUGCGCAUGCGGCGUCCAUAGCGGGGCUGGAGCAGCGGCUGGCGGAGUAUAACCGGCUGCUACGGCGGCCCUGCGCCUUCGCACUGCACCUGUAGCGGUUCGGGAGGGCGUUUGGGUUUAGAAGCGGAAUGGUUGGGGCUGGGAUCAGGGUCGGUUAGGGUGUCUACAAAGUGGGAGUGAGCAAGGAGAAGGACCUGCAGGAGGGAGGAGUAACGCGCGUUCUGGGGACAGGGCAGGGGAGUGUUAUGGUGGUUGGCAGAGGUUGGAGGGCCGUUGCCAUGUGUGUGUUUCAGUGGCAGGGCGAGGAGCAGGCUUUGCGAGGGGUCGCAGAAAGGAGGGUAGGCGACAGCUGUAACCUUGUUAAGAAGAGUGUUACUUCCCUUUCGAAUUUCAAAGACUUUCUGCUGUACUUCCAUAGUCGUU